CUUCACUUCCAUCACACCCCAACAAACAAUACGUUGCGUAGUUAAGCAAGACAAUUCUGAGAUAUGUGUGGUGUGCUGUCCCAGCUUCUCUCCCUCGAGUCUCUGUCUCUGGAAUUGACCACUUUCGAAUGGAUUACUAGCGGCCGCCUACCAUAUGCAUGGCCCCCACUGAGCGUCUCUCAGCCACCCACCACGCUUGUUUCACCUAUUCCUGCCCCGGUCCCCGAACACAUGGAAAAGACGACCGCCACGUCGGCAACGUGACGGCAACGAAACUCAGAUCUCCCACUCUGCGAAUACUACUCUUCGUCUAAGACGCGGGCAUCAGCGGGUGACUGCAUUUUGUCUCACGGUCACGUCGAAAGGGGGUCGUUGACAUCGCAUAUAGCGACUGAUUGCAGUGGAGCGUGCAAACUCUUUUUGACGCGGCUUGCGUCUCCAACCCGUACUGUCAAUAUUACACCAGCACUCAUGGCGUUUCUGGCAUGGGCUGA